AUGGCUCAUCCAAUCAGAUUUGUGAAGAACCUCGUCUACCACAACUACAUCUAUCAUGUGGCGAAGCCGGUGGAUCUGCAUGCUCUUGCCAAGUCGGAUUGGGGAGGUAGGAGGGAUUUUUUGAGGGCUGGAUUACUGUAACAAAAGUUAUAACGAGAUUUUGAUUUUUGGCCUAAAAAUCUCAAAAACAAAAAAUCUUGAUAAAUUUUUUUACAAAAUGUUUUGAAUAAACCUUCUAGAAUAUCUAUAGACUCUGUUUUUUAUUAUAUUACUUACAGAAAUUACAGUAAUCUUUUUGAAAAUCGAUAAAAUCUCAAAAAGUCAUCAAAAAUCCCAAAAAUUUAUCCGUAUUUUAGCUGUAACCGGGUGCACCCACGGAAUUGGCCGCGCGUAUGCCGAGGAAAUGGCCAAAAAGAACUUCAAUGUCCUUUUGAUCGGCCGCACCCCCAUCAAGUUGGAGAAAACUCGCUCCGAACUGGCUGCGAAGUACCCAAAGGUCAAGUUUGAAGUCGCCGAAAUCGAUUUUUGCACUCCGUCGGAGGUGGAAUAUGAAAAGAAACUGAAAGGGCCUUUGGAGAAGGUCGGGUUCUUGGGUGAGUCGACAAAAUUUGAGAUUUUUAGGCGAUUUUUUGACCGAAAUUUUGGGAAUUUUGCCAAAAUUUUGGGGUUUUUUUGAAAAUUUUUCGAUUUUCUUUAGUUUUGGAGUAUUUUCGGAAAAAAUUUUCGCCAACAGGGACCUUAGAAUGUCACUAGAGACAGUUGAGGACCUACUGACCCCAUAUUUUAUCAUUUUCUAAACGUAUUUUAACUUUGUUUUCAGUGAACAAUGUUGGACAUGUUGCGCCAUAUCCGGACAAAAUUUUGGACAUUCCCAACGGGAUGCGUGACGCAUCCACCACGGUCCUGGUCAACGCGCAUUCCAUGGCCAUGAUGUGUCAUCUGGCGGUGGGGCAUAUGGUGAAACGGAAUGGUGGUAUCAUUGUGAAUGUCAGCUCGUCGGCUGGAGAACUGCCGUUCCCAAUGUGGACGCUGUAUUCGGCUACGAAGGUAGGAUGAAGCUUUCAGGUCAGGGAAGCCAAAAAUUUCCGAUUUUGGGAAUUUUUGGCCAAUUUGGAAGGGUGUUGCGGAAUGCCAAGGAUUUGGUAGUUUGGCGGGAAAUUUGAAAUUUGAUUUUUUGAAGGCUCUGAAAACUCCGAAAAUACUUUGAGAGGGGAAUCAAGUUGUAAAUUGUGAAAAAAAUCGAUUUUUACAUUUUCAAAAAAAUAUGUCAUGAUUUUAAAAAUCUCAAAACCUUCAAAUUUUUGGUGUUACAAUUCAAAUUCAUGUAUUUUCCAGAAAUUUACCACCCAUUACACCAAGUCGCUGCGCCGAGAAUACCCCCAAAUCUUCUUCCAAAACCUGAUCCCGGGCUGGGUCCAGACCGAGAUGUCGCGCCUCCGCCAACGGGCCUGGAACGUGGCCACCACCGACGAGUACGCCGCCUCGGCCAUAAACACGGUCGGGCUGGCCGAAGAGACGCGCGGGAACUGGCGCUGUCAGCUCCACUUUGACCUGUUUUUGGACCUCUUCCCCGAAUUCAUGGUCCAAAAGGCGUGGGCGCAGGCGAUGGAAGCCAAAAAACAGGAGAACAUCCUGUACGAUCAGGAAAAGGCACAAGGGAUCAGACAGCCGACCAAGUAG